UCACACACAGACACAACACCCAUUUUGGAGGUUGAGGUUUGUGUGUGUGUGCACAAAAGAGUGGAGGAAAUGAAAGUGUGAAAUAUUAAGGUUGUGUAAGGAGUAGUUUCAGUCAGUGUCUGUCUGCACAGCCGUCAUGAGGUCGCUCGUCUGUCUUUCUUUCUGCCUGGUGCUGUUUCUGCUCUGUCUCACUGCGGAAGCAAGUCAUCGUUCUUCAACCUGCUGUUUGAAGACAAGCAAAGACAGAAUACACAAAAACAGAGUGGUGAGUUACACAGUCCAGAAAGCAGGAGUCUGCCCUAUCAACGCAAUUGUCUUGUUGACCAUAAAAAGGAAAAUUAGGUGUUUUGAUCCAGACUCAGAAUGGAUCAAAGAAAUUAUGGACCAGAAAAAAAUGACUGAUCCAAAAGCCUUGCCAAGCCAAAAUGCCAAAAGACAGAAAAAAAAUAACAAAGGAAAGAGACGCAGACAAAAGAAUCAAAAGAAAUUUUGAGUUGUUUGUUUGCUUAUGUAAUGUAUUGUUUGACCUGUGCCAACUGACAUAAAUCUUAAUUUGUAAGAUGUCAAAAAUAAGUAUUCCUGACUAUUUUAUGCUGAAUGUUUACAUUAUCGAUCUAUUUUGAAAUGAAUUUAUUCUACUUCACAAAUUUUAUAAUCUCUUGUCAAGAAUGUAUUUUUGUAUUCAAUAUUUUUAUAGUUUCAAAA